AUGACUGAGAUGGAAGUGAGUGGUGGGACAGGGGAGGACUAUCAGCAAGCCUUAGAGACCAUGCUAACUGAACUCCAGAAACUCCGAGCUGAGACCCAGACCCUCCAAAUGGAGAAUCAGACCUUGCACCUGCAAGAGACUCAGUGUGGGAAUCAAGAAUCAGUCCUGCAGCAGGGGGCUGCCCCAGCCCCGUCAGUGCCUGCACCUCAUGUCAAGACGCCUGUGGGAGUGUCCCUCUGUUACAGUGGGAAGAAAGAGCAGCUCAUCACAUUCAUUGCUCAGUCUGAGCUUUAUAUCCAAGUGCGACAGUUGGAUUUUCCCAACAACUCCUUCAAAGUGGCCUUUGUCAUCAGCCUCCUGGAAGGGGAGGCUGCCCAGUGGGCAACACCUCUGUAG